CGCAUCCUAUAAACAAGUAUCUCAUGCCUGCCCCCACUCUCCUCUUUAUAUAACCGCCACCUCGAAACCCUCAAAACCCACCAAAAAUUUUCAAAAAUGGCAGCUUUAAUGAGAUCUCUCUCGACCCUCAUCCUCCUCUCGCUCCCCAUUCUCCUCUCCCUUCAAGUCCAAGCCUCUGCCCCCGGCCUGAUCCGCGUCGGGCUGAAGAAGAAGCAGCUCACUCGAUCGAUCCAGCCCCUGAGUCCGAAGAAAUACGGACUGGGGUCGGGUUUUGAGAAUGUGGGUUCUGAUGAGGACAUCAUCUCGCUGAAGAACUACAUGAACGCGCAGUACUUUGGGGAGAUCGGGGUCGGGUCGCCGCCGCAGCUGUUUACUGUGAUUUUUGAUACUGGAAGCUCGAAUCUUUGGGUUCCGUCGUCGAAGUGCUACUUCUCGCUUGCUUGUUAUUUGCAUUCGAAGUAUAGUUCGAGCAAAUCGAGCACGUAUAAGGAGAACGGUAAAUCUGCUGCAAUCCAAUAUGGAACUGGAGCAAUCUCAGGUUUCCUUAGUCAGGAUCAUGUUAAAGUUGGUGAUCUGGUUGUCAAGGAUCAGGUUUUCAUUGAAGCCACAAGGGAGCCAGGUCUCACUUUCUUGAUGGCAAAAUUCGAUGGCAUUCUCGGUCUUGGAUUCAAAGAAAUAUCUGUUGAUGAUGUGGUGCCUGUUUGGUAUAACAUGGUUGGCCAAAAACUCAUUCGGGAUCCUGUUUUCUCCUUCUGGUUGAACCGGAAAAAUGGAGAAGUACAGGGAGGUGAACUAGUAUUUGGCGGGUCUGACCCAAAUCAUUUUAAGGGCGAGCGCACAUAUGUUCCUGUAACUCAGAAAGGUUACUGGCAGUUCAAUAUGGGAGAGGUGCUAAUAGCAGGAAAGAAGACUGGAUUCUGUUCUGGAGGUUGUGCAGCGAUUGCUGAUUCUGGAACUUCAUUGAUUGCUGGCCCAACACCUGUCAUAACAGAAAUCAAUCAAAAAAUUGGAGCUUCUGGUGUUGUUAGCCAAGAGUGCAAGUCUGUAAUUGAACAAUACGGAGAAAAGAUUCUUACCAUGUUGGUGGAAAAGGAACAACCAGAAAAGGUUUGUUCCAAGAUUGGUCUUUGUGCUUUCGAUGGAACUCGAGGAGUUAGUAUUGACAUUUGAGAGCUCCGUUAAAUGACAAAUGGAGAGAAAUCACCUAUUGGCCAGAGCGGCGCUAUGUGCUCAUCUUGUGAAAUGGGAGUUAUAUGGAUCCAGAAUCAGCUUGUCCAGAACAAAACACAGAAUGUUAUACUUAACUAUGCAAAUGAGCUAUGCGAGAAAUUGCCUAGUGCCAUGGGAGAAUCAGGUAUUGACUGCAAUAAUCUUUCGAGGAUGCCGACUGUUUCUUUCACUAUUGGUGGCAGAACAUUUGACCUGACACCAGAGCAGUAUGUCCUUAAAAUCGGAGUUGGGGGUGAAUCACAAUGCAUGAGUGGAUUCACGGCCUUGGAUGUUCCGCCUCCACGUGGUCCUCUCUGGAUAUUAGGCGAUGUCUUCAUGGGAGUUUAUCACACUGAGUUCGACUAUGGAAAGCUGAGAGUUGGAUUUGCGAAGGCAGCUUAGAUGGUAAUCUUUCCAUUGGUGUUGUACUAAAACUUUGGUUCGUCUAUAUAUAUAUAGUGUCCAUAUGUUAUUAUAUAAAUAUUUUGGAUGGACCAAGACAUAUUAUGUUAUCUGGUUUUUCUUAUAAGACCAAUUUAUGUUAGUGCCUUCAUGUGUUUAAUGCAAAUGCAGCCUACUGUGUGUGUGUGUGUCCAGUAGGAAUUCUUGUCAAGAGUGAGAAAGCUGCUAACAUCACGAGUCAUGAUGUUCUAUGAAAAUAACUUAACUUGGUAUUUGCAAA